UACAGCAUUACCAUUCGAUAAAUUACAACUCUUAUAGCCAUGUCUGGAAGAGGCAAGGGAGGCAAGGGACUCGGAAAAGGAGGCGCCAAGCGUCAUCGUAAGGUUCUCCGUGAUAACAUCCAGGGUAUCACCAAGCCUGCCAUCCGCCGUCUGGCUCGCCGUGGUGGAGUCAAACGUAUCUCUGGUCUCAUCUAUGAGGAGACCCGCGGGGUGCUCAAGGUGUUUCUGGAGAACGUCAUCCGUGAUGCAGUCACCUACACCGAGCAUGCCAAGAGGAAAACCGUAACUGCCAUGGAUGUAGUUUACGCUUUGAAGAGGCAGGGACGCACUCUGUACGGCUUCGGAGGUUAAAACGUAACUCUGUUUCAUACACAAAAAGGCCCUUUUCAGGGCCACCAACUUUUGAAUAAUGAGAAAUUUUUCUUUUCCUUUAUGAAUUUAAAUUGCCUUUGGUGUAAACACUGAAUCAUAAAGAUUAAAGAAGUCUACGCGUUAAGA